UCAUCUCAUCAUAUCCAAUGGCUUCUUCUUCAAUAUUAUUGUAUCACUUACGGUUUAUGGCCUUGCUUUUCUUGCUAUUAAUCUUGGUUUUUCCUAUGCACAUGACACCUCUCCUAUGUCACAAUGAAGAAAGCUUGGCAUUGCUACAAUUCAAGCGAAGCUUUGUCGUCGACAAGUCAGCUUCUUCUCAUCCCUCUGCUUAUCCGAAGACGAUAUCAUGGAAUCAACAAGGAGAGAAUCCAGACUGCUGCUUGUGGGAUGGUGUGGUGUGUGAUCAACGCACCGGCCGUGUCAUUAGCCUUGACCUCAGUAGUAGCCACCUCUAUGGUUCUAUCAAUUCCAGCAGCAGCCUCUUCCAUCUACGCCAACUUCAAAGCCUUAACCUAGCUGACAAUCAUUUCAACUCCUCCCAAAUCCCGUCUAGGUUUGGCAGUUUUCCAAGGCUAGCUUAUCUCAAUCUCUCCUCCUCCAGAUUCUAUGGUAGGAUUCCAUUAGAAAUAGCAGAGUUGAGUAGAUUGAGAUCUCUUGAUUUGAUGGGAGAUUUGGAUGCAUCUAACGCAAGAUUGCUGGAGCUCACAAGUCCUGACCUAAUGUGGUUAGUUCAAAAUUUAACUCACAUUGAGAAAUUACAUCUUGAUAAUGUAGACUUAUCUGUUGCAAUCCCUAAAAAAGUUUCAAAUUUGUCUUCAUUAUCCUCUCUUAGUCUCCGUAAUUGUGGCCUGCUUGGAAAAUUUCCAAUGGAAAUUUUUGAACUACCAAACUUGCAGUUUCUCAAUGUGGGGGGGAAUGAAGAACUUGUUGGUCAUCUGCCUGAAUUUCACCGGAGCUCUUCUCUUAAGUUUUUAAUGCUUCAAUUUACAAAUUUCUCGGGUGAACUACCUCCUUCAAUAGGAAACCUUAAUUCCUUGACUAGAUUGAAUAUUCAUAGUUGCAAUUUUUGGGGCCCAAUCCCUUCUUCCCUUGGUAAUCUUAGUGAGAUCACCUUUCUCGGACUCGGUGAGAAUAACUUCUUUGGCCAAAUCCCUUAUUCAUUGGCAAACCUUACACAUCUUACCAGUUUCUCAAUUUCAGGCAAUGAUAAUUUUAGUUGUGGGUCUUUGUCCUGGCUUGGAAAGCAAACUGAAUUCAUUGGGUUAUUAGUCCAGAAAUGCAAUAUAAGAGGUGAAAUCCCUCACUUUCUCAAGAACUUCACUCAACUCAAUCUUUUAGUGCUCACCUCUAACCAUUUAAGAGGUCAAAUUCCACAUUGGCUAACAAACCUCACCCGUUUAACCAUCCUAAGCCUUAAUGAUAAUGAAUUCCACGGCCCUUUUCCUCAUCAAAUUUCAGAACUUGUGAAUCUUGAUGUUAUUAGUUUGGGCGGAAAUCACUUGAAUGGCAUUGUUAAUUUAAACCCUUUUUUCAACCUCCAUCACAUGAAAAUGUUUGGUAUAUCAGGGAAUGAUUUUACAUUGCUCCAGGUGACCAAUACAAACGCUACUCUUCGAAAGUGGCUCCUGCUAGCACUCGGCUCGUGCAACUUGAGAGAGUUUCCUGACUUCCUCAGGUAUCAAGACAAACUGAAAUUUUUGGAUCUCACUGGAAAUAAAAUCCACGGCCAGAUUCCGAGCUGGUUAUGGAAGAUAAGUAGAGAAACAUUGGAGGUUCUUGAACUUGGUUUAAAUAUUUUUACCGACUUUGAGCAACCUACAUUGAUCUCGCGCCUUCCUAAUCUAAAAUUCCUAGGGCUACAUGGUAACAAGAUCCAAGGUCCAGUACCCAGACCACCACCUUCCAUUGUCGAGUAUAUCAUCUCAAACAACAGUUUCAGUGGAGAAAUUUCUUUGACCUUCUGCAAUCUACCUUACAUGUAUGCCCUUGAUUUGUCAUUCAACAACUUGAGUGGCAUGCUUCCGCAAUGUUUGUUCGACAAGGAGAGCAAUCUACACAUUUUAAAUCUCGAGCAAAACUUCUUCCGCGGAACCAUUCCUGAAACAUUAACGAAUGGAAGUAAGUUGAGGAUGAUCAAUUUAGGUCAUAAUGCACUGCAAGGAGCAUUACCGAGGUCAUUGGCUAAUCAUACAAUGUUAGAGGUUCUACAUCUUGGUGACAAUCAGAUUAGUGACACAUUCCCCUUUUGGUUGGGAACUUUGCCUAAUCUACAUGUGCUCAUCUUAAGAUCCAACAAACUUUUUGGUGUUGUUGGAAGCCCUACAACAGGUUUUGAAUUCUCAGCGUUACGAAUCAUUGACAUCUCCUACAAUGGUUUCACUGGCAUUCUACCAUCUAAGUACUUUCAGAAGUGGAACAACAUGAGAAAUUUUGAUGUGGAUCACUUUUCGUAUAUGGCACAAAAUAUGACUUUGGUUAACAAAGGUGUCAUCCUGGAAUUUAGUUUCGUGUUCCGACAAAUUUACAAUUAUCAACUAACUUUGAUGAACAAAGGUGUCAGACUGCAUUAUCAUAGGAUACCAGAAGUCCUUGUAGGUAUCGAUCUUUCAAGCAACAAAUUUGAAGGGGAGAUCCCGGAAUCCAUUACAACUUUGAAGAAUAUCAAUUUCCUUAACCUCUCCAACAACCAUCUCUCAGGCCACAUCCCAUUGGCUAUAGAAAACCUCACAGCGCUCGAAUCGUUGGAUUUUUCGAGCAACAUGCUUUCAGGAAAGAUUCCGCCUGAGCUGGCGCAACUCACAUUCCUCUCAAUCUUUAAUGUCUCUUGUAAUCAGCUCAUAGGUCCUAUACCACAAGGAAAACAAUUUGCUACAUUUGAGAAUAAUUCAUACAAGGACAACUUGGGAUUGUGUGGGAAGCCAUUGUCGAAGUUAUGCGGAAAUGCAGGUGAAUCACCUCCAUCGCCUUCAACUGAUGAAGAUGAUCAAGGCUCGAGUGGUUCUUCAGCAUAUGUUUUGUGGAUGAUAGUUGCGAUUGGAUAUGCAAGUGGACUGGUUGUUGGAGUUGUCGCUAGACUCAGAUUCACCGUAUCAAAACAUGAAUGGUUUGUGGAAACCUUUCGCAGGAGGCAACAUAAAAGGAGAAGGCUGAGAAGAAGGGGACAGAGAGAAUGA